CUUCUCAUUAUUCCAACCCUCUUUCUCUCUCUAACGUGCUCAAAAGAAGCCCUCUUUUUUUUCUUCCCCCACAAAAAAAUAAGGAUCAGCAUUCUGCAUGGCAAAACAGCAGCUGGAAGUCCUGAACGCACUCGAUGUCGCCAAAACACAGCUAUACCACUUCACGGCGAUCAUCAUCGCCGGCAUGGGCUUCUUCACCGACGCCUACGAUCUCUUCUGCAUCUCUCUGGUCACCAAACUCCUCGGCCGCAUCUACUACCACGUGGACGGCUCUGCAACCCCCGGCACGCUCCCGCCAAACGUCUCCGCCGCCGUCAACGGCGUCGCCUUCUGCGGCACUCUCUCCGGCCAGCUUUUCUUUGGCUGGCUUGGCGAUAAGAUGGGUCGGAAGAAGGUCUACGGUAUGACUCUAAUGAUCAUGGUCCUCUGUUCCAUAGCCUCCGGCCUCUCCUUCGGCCACACGUCCAAGAGCGUCAUGGCCACCCUCUGUUUCUUCCGCUUCUGGCUCGGCUUCGGCAUCGGCGGCGAUUACCCCCUCUCCGCAACCAUCAUGUCGGAAUACGCAAAUAAAAAGACGCGCGGCUCCUUCAUCGCCGCCGUCUUCGCGAUGCAGGGGUUCGGAAUUCUCGCCGGCGGGAUCGUCACGCUUGUUGUGUCCUCCGCUUUCAAAAACCGCUUCAAGGCGCUGCCAUAUAGUGUGGACCCUAUCGGCUCCACCGUUAGGGUGGACCCUUUCGGCUCCCCCGUUCCGGCAGCCGACUUUGUUUGGAGAAUUAUUCUAAUGUUCGGCGCCAUCCCGGCGGCGGUGACUUAUUACUGGCGAAUGAAGAUGCCGGAAACUGCUCGGUACACCGCGCUGGUGGCAAAGAACGCAAAGCAGGCGGCGCAGGACAUGACCAAAGUGCUUCAGGUGGAGAUCCAGGAGGAACAGGACAAGGUGGAGAGAAUCACCCAUCAAGAAAGUAACCAAUUUGGUCUCUUUUCAAGAGAGUUCGCUCGCCGCCACGGCCUUCAUCUGCUCGGAACGACAACCACAUGGUUUUUGCUAGACAUCGCAUUUUACAGUCAGAAUCUGUUUCAAAAGGACAUCUUUAGUGCCAUAGGAUGGAUACCGAAGGCGGCGACGAUGAAUGCGCUAGAGGAGGUUUUCAAGAUCUCGAGGGCGCAGACUCUCAUUGCCUUGUGCGGCACUGUGCCUGGUUAUUGGUUUACGGUUGCACUGAUCGAUAUAAUUGGGCGGUUUACCAUACAAAUAGUCGGGUUUUUCUUCAUGCUCGUAUUCAUGCUCGGGCUUGCAAUACCAUACCAUCACUGGACGACGCCGGGGAAUCACAUUGGCUUCGUGGUGAUGUACGGGCUAACUUUCUUUUUCGCUAAUUUCGGACCUAAUAGCACUACAUUCAUUGUGCCGGCGGAGAUAUUUCCGGCGAGGCUGAGGUCAACUUGUCAUGGAAUAUCAGCGGCAGCGGGGAAGGCCGGAGCUAUUGUGGGCUCGUUCGGAUUUUUGUAUGCAGCGCAGAAUCAGGAUAAGACGAAGACUGACCGCGGGUAUCGGCCUGGGAUAGGAGUGAGGAACUCUCUAUUUGUGUUAGCGGCGUGCAAUCUGUUGGGGCUUCUUUUUACAUUACUCGUGCCUGAAUCAAAGGGGAAGUCUCUUGAGGAGAUGUCAGGGGAGAACGAAGAGGAGGAGGUGCAAGAAUCUGUGGGAGGCAGGACUGUUCCUGUUUAAGCAAUCAUCUUUAUUGCUUCUUCUUGAAAACUAGUAUGGGGAGGAGCUACUCCAGCUAACAAGAACCGGAAAAUUUACAGAAGUUGUCAAUGUGGAGUAGGAUUCCCAUCUCCACUCUCAAAUAAAAUUUUUUUUUGUCCCUUUGUUAUAAGCAGAUGGUUAAGUACAAUAUGCAUAAAUUUUGCUGAUUCAGUGGCCCUCUAUUUAAGAAUUUAUU